AACGGCGUUGAAAAUGCAGCCCAGAAUCAACCUCCUAAAGAAACUUGCUGGGACGUCUUGGGGUGCCAAUGCCACUGUUUUGCGUACAUCAGCACUGGCACUUGUUUACUCUGUGGCUGAAUACGGAUCUGCUAUUUGGAUAAAGAGCGCCCACACAAACAUCAUCGAUGUCGCAUUGAACGAGGCUCUACGAGUGAUAACAGGCGCAGUUGCAUCUACACCAAUCGAAUGGCUACACGUACUGGCUAACAUCGAACCGCCAGCGAUUCGAAGGUACAAAGCUUUUGCCCGAGAAUGGGAAAAAAUCGGAUCAAUGGAUGAGCUUCCUAUCCACGACGACCUGAACAAUAUACCAGCACCAAGACUGACCUCUCGGCAUCCACUUUGGAAGACGUUAAAAUAUGGAAUUGGUACCCGAUCCGACUAUAAGGCUAGCUGGAUUCGAUUUGCCGAGGAAGGCAUGGACACGAUUGAACCGAAUACGAACCGGACACGGGAAUUGCGCGAAGUGUUUAUUCCAAUGGAACCUGGCCGAUUCUGCUGGUUGUGACUGUGGCGAGCCAAAUCAAUCAAUGAAUCACAUAGUGAAUGAUUG